AUGGUCGGACCAUCUCCGGAGGAACUCGCGGCGCGGCCGGACAACUACGCGACAUGGAACGCCAACGACAAACGUAAAUGGACCAAUUCGUACCGGAAGUCAAACCCACCGCCGAAGGAUACAACAGAAGAUUCAAGGACUGGUCGCGCAACGCGUGCUGGAACAUCCAAAAGCGGGACACAGAAGGUAGCUUCUGAAAAAACCGAUGCAGACGGCAAUAGGCGGAAGCGAAAACGGAACGACAGCACCGGCACUGUCAACACGGGUCCGCCUAAGAAAUCAACGAGGCCGAUUGCACGUCGAUUCCCAGCAGCGUCCGUGUCUAAGCGCAAUGAGACGCAGGGUAAAGGGAAGCAAAAACGUGACAGGAACGAACCAGAAGCGGAUGACGAUGACCCAGGAGAUACAGAAAGUUCCGACAGCGACGAUGACGUGGAGGACGAGGAGGCGUUAGAGGACGACGAUGAAAGAUUGGCCAUGUUGGAGGCGUAUCCGGAGAAACUGCGUAAAAACCUCGAGUCUGAGCGCCCACGGUUCAUCAAGACUAGUUCGGCUUCGUCAUCAUCAGCUGCACCAGCGAAGAAGUCGACGAAGGCAACCACCACCUCCAAGACCCGGUCAUCAAUCUCCGCGGGUUCACAGGUUGUUGUCGCAGAGGGACGCGGGCUGGGGUAUUCGCAGCGUGGUGGCACAUCAAAGGGCAAGGAGAAGGCACCUUCGCGAUAUGCUGCGAGCUUCCAUGGUAGUCCCAGUGCCGACGACUCUCGUGAGAACACGAGAGACAAGAAUGUGGACGGAGAGCCCCGGCAACGGUUGUACAGUCCUGUCGACAAGGAUUCGGACCGUAAGGGGUCUUCGAACAACGACGGACUGGAGAAUGAGAUACCCGCUGGUUCAUCCGAAGAUCCUAUCCAACGUCGCAACGGCCCACCCACCCCAAAGGCACAUACCGACCGGAACUCUCGUACGCGUGUUGGCCGGGCUACCUCGUCAUCGGGUGUACCUGCAAAGGAGUCAUCAAAGGCAACCACCGCCUCCAAGACCCGGUCAUCGAUCUCCGCGGGUUCGCAGGUUGUUGUCGCAGAGGGACGCGGGUUGGGGUAUUCGCAACGUGGCAGCACAUCAAAGGGCAAGGAGAAGGCACCUUCGCGAUAUGCUGCGAGCUGCCAUGAUACUCCCAGCGCCGACGAAUCUCGCGGGAACACGAGAGAUAAGAACGUGGAUGGAGAGCCCCAGCAACGGUCGUACAGUCCUGUUGACGAGGAUUCUGACCGUGAGGGGUCUUCAGACAAGGACGGACUGGAGAACGGGUUACCCACCGGUUCCUCCAAGGGUAGUAUCGGUCGUGGCAAGGGCCAGGCCACGCGCACGCAUGACAAGCUACGGGCUCUAUCUGUCAGCGCCAAAAAGCACGACCAUCGUGCCGCUGACGGCGCAGCCAACGAUAGUACUACCGCCGAUGCUGAUGCCAACGACAACGACAGCUCAGCAAUUGUUGCCGUCACAUCCUCCAAGCGAUGGCCGUCAUAUACAAAUGUGCGCAGUAGGCCCGGUGAGAAGCCCGGGUUGCAUGACCAGCGUGCGGAACUCCGGAGGGUCGUGAAGGCUGCGAUGAAUACAUACUUCGGAUACCUUGUAGCCGUGGAUGCGUACCCAGAUCCGGCUACACGACAGAUGGUCAUCAAAGGCCUACUGAAGCGGGCUGCAGGCAAGUUGCUCGAAAAACAGAUUGCCGAUCGUAUCAAUAACGACCGCACGGACUGGAUGAGACUGGUCAUCGGCAUGAUCGAGAAUCGCGUGUCGCAAUUUCGCAGCAAAGUCAAAAAGGCGGCCAACGAAUACGUCCUCCACGACUACGACAUCACCGAUGGCUGUGGCCCUCGUGCGAUAGCAUGGUCGCAGAAUAAUGCUUACAUCUUUCCGGGUGAUGUAGAAGACCCUGGUAGUCUGAAGAAGGGUCGGCCAUACGACCGCCCAGUCUUUGCACAGGUGAUCCGGGAGGCAUUCUUUAGUGGACGAUGUCCACUUGCAUCGCAGAACCCUCAGAUCUUCGGCAAUGAAGAAGAAGGGGAAGAAUUGUCUAUACCUAUCGCAAUGCUUGCUUUCGCUGCUGUUGGAGUUCUUUCCAUCAUCCAAGAUUGGACGACCGGCAAGAAAAAGCAGCGAGAUUUCGCUCAGGAUACCUUCGUCAAUACAUACAAGAACCAUAUCGCCACUCUUGAGGGCCUAGAGAUAGAUAAGCCCCGUUAUUUCGACCAACUAAUGACAUCCCUUUAUGUGAAUGCUUCUGAUAAUCGCCGCCAGGGAGGUACCGCUUUCAGUGAUGUAGAUAUGAGUGCGAUAGAAUCUUAA